ACGGAUUAAGGGAGCUCAUUGAGCGAGCCGGCAAGCAGCCUGUCAUAAAAAUUUAACUGUAAAUAAAUACAUCGUCAUUUUUUAAACGUUGCAAAAUCUAGAGACUCGCCUUAUCAAGACCUGUUCAAAGUGAAUGAUAAUCACUAGGUUACACAUCCCUAACUAGCUAACGUAGCUACAAUGGCUAACGUCAAUGGCGUUAACCAGACAUUUCAUUCACAGCUUAGUUCCGUAGUCAACAAAUUGGCAAUCACGGCUCUGAAAGAAAUAUCAAAACUUGUAGAUGAUGGAUUUGCGAUAAUGCAUGUGGAAAUUUCACGAAGCCACAAAGAAAACGAAGCACUAAAAUGCAAAAUACAGACGAUGGAGCUUCAGAUGGCGCGAGGAUUUGUGGAGAAGACGGGAAUGCUCACCAAGUGUCGUUGCGAAGAGACCCCAAUUAAAACCACAAAUGGCGUCUUUGCAGAACAUAUGGACGUGCCAAAGAUGAACGCAGAACACCCGUCUCGGCACGAUAGCACUCCCACACCAUCUACUGAUAUGAGGACAGAGUGUGCAGACACGGAGGAGGGGAGGACUGAAUGGGUUCUUAUAAAGGAGGAGAGAGUGGAAGAGGACAGAGACCCACAGGGAGAGAUGAACUCCAGGGAGGAGAGAGCCGUGGAGUGGAGGGCAGGCAGCAGGGAAAAGCGUCCCGUUCAGGAAAUCCAAAAUAAAGCAGCGAAUCACACAGGGCUCACUGAGCAGCACAGGACCAGACGCGGUGUUUGGGAGGUCAGUGGACUGGAACCUGCACUUAAAACAGAGCCAGAGACAGAGAGUGCCAAGACCCUUCAAGACACAGGAUGUGAGCAGAGCACAGGAAGACUCCACAGUUCCGGUCCUGUGUACUUAACGUGUGAGAGAACUUGUCAACUGAGGACUUUCUGUACACAGGGGGCUGGAGAAACAGAGGCUGAUGUUCCCUCCUGCUCUUAUGCUACAGAAAGCAGCUCUGAGAGCCUGUCCAUUCACUCAGGGCUGCAGUCACUUCCUCCCCCAGGGAAAGGUGCUGGCAGUAAUCUGUCUUUGGGGCCUCUUGAUGGGAAACCAGAGGCUGUAAUGAUUGAUUCACCAUCUGAAAAGGAGGCUGAGAUGUACUCUGCAUGGAAUGAAGAGACCAUUUCAGAAAAUACUACAGCAGAACACAGAUAUUACAGUCAGGAGAGACCAUUUAGCUGCCAACAAUGUGGAAAGAGCUUUACUCGUUUAUCUACUUUUACAAUUCACAAGAGAGUCCACACAGGAGAGAAACCAUACAGGUGCACACUGUGUCUGCAGAAAUUUUCACGUUCAGGUAGUCUUAAUAGACAUUACAGAGUUCACACAGGAGAGCGGCCAUUUAGAUGCACAUAUUGUGGUAAGUGUUUUUCUGAGUCCGGUAAUCUUAGAAAACAUCACAGGGUUCACAGUGGUGAGAAACCAUUCAGACAUACAUCUCAUAUGAAGUCUACUUCAAUACAAACAUUUUAAAAGCACCAGCAAGUUUCUUUAACAAAGAUAAUUCUAGUGUAAGCUGCAGUGUGUUUUUCAUCCAUUACACCGACACUGGACUUUCCAAUUGACGCAUUUGACUGCCAAUCUGGAGAUACUCUACAAGUUGUAAAUUCAUCGCUAAUGAUGGGUAUUUUCAGAUGUUUUUAAGACCACUCUGGUAAAACCACUACUCAAGAAAGCAAAUCUGGAUACUUCUGUUAUGGACAAUUACAGACCUAUAUCCAACCUGCAGUUUGUAAGCAAAAUUAUAGAAAAAAUAGUUUUCAAACAAAUAAAUUCCUCUCUUGUUGAAAACAAUAUCCUUGAAAAUUUCCAGUCCGGUUUUCGCGCUAAUUAUAGCACUGAAACGGCUUUAGUGAAGAUAGUGAAUGAUUUACGGCAAAAUGUUGAUAAUAACAGUAUUUCAAUAGUUCUUGUCCUGCUCGAUUUGAGUGCUGCUUUCAACACUAUAGACCCUAGCAUUUUAAUUCACCUGGGUUAAUUCUCUCUGGUAGUGUGCUAAAAUGGUUCCGUACCUAUGAAACGAAAGAAAGUUUUUUGUGCAACUUGGUGACAAUGUCUCAAACUGUGGCACAGCGCAGGGGAGCAUUCUAGGACCGCUUUUAUUCUCUUUCUACAUGCUCCCUUUAGCAAGAUCAUUCAGCAUCACAAUGUGCAGUGCUCCCUUUAGCAAGAUCAUCCAGCAUCACAAUGUGCAGUGCUCCCUUUCGCAAGAUCAUCCAGCAUCACAAUGUGCAGUGCUCCCUUUCGCAAGAUCAUCCAGCAUCACAAUGUGCAGUGCUCCCUUUCGCAAGAUCAUCCAGCUUCACAAUGUGCAGUGCUCCCUUUAGCAAGAUCAUCCAGCAUCACAAUGUGCAGUGCUCCCUUCAGCAAGAUCAUCCAGCUUCACGAUGUGCAGUGCUCCCUUUAGCAAGAUCAUCCAGCAUCACAAUGUGCAGUGCUCCCUUCAGCAAGAUCAUCCAGCGUCACGAUGUGCAGUGCUCCCUUCAGCAAGAUCAUCCAGCUUCACGAUGUGCAGUUCCAUUGUUAUGCUGAUGAUACGCAGCUGCAUGUCUCCGUUGAGCCAGACGACCCAAAUGCCAUGAGCGUUCUUGCAGCCUGUCUCGCCGACAUGAACAAAUGGAUAUACAUUACAUUAUUGGCAUUUGGCAGACGCUCUUAUCCGGAGCGACGUACAGUUGAUGAGACUAAGCAGGAGACAAUCCUCCCCUGGAGCAAUGCAGGGUUAAGGGCCUUGCUCAAGGGCCCAACGGCUUUGCGGAUCUUAUUGUGGCUACACCGGGAUUAGAACCACCAACCAUGCGUGUCCAGUCCUUUACCUUAACCACUAUGUUACAGGCCGCCCUUUAUAUACAAAUAAAGUUAUUAUUAUUAUUAUUGUAUUAUUAUUUAGACCAUGAUUUAUUUGAUUUUUGUGAUCUGAGUCACUCUGUCACUCCGUAUCGGAUAUCUCCAUUGCAUUGCUGAAAAAAUCAGCUCAAGAUAGGUUUUGAAACAGCUGCUAGCUGGUUGACCAGCUGGUUGACCAGUUAGACCAGCUCUAUACUCAACAUGGUUUGAUAGCUCAAGCUAUUAGCAGAUAUUUCAAGCUGGUCAUAGCUGGAUUUUAUACCAGGGUUCUCACUGCAGUAAAACAAAGAUGGUCAAAACAUAUUUAAUAUGCACCUUUACUCAAUUUCAGCUUUUAUUUCUGGGUAUUUACACCUUGAUGUGUUAAACUACCUUUGGUAUCAGACCACCCAAUUUUUAGGUGAGCAAAACAGGGUACAGGGUAUUUCAGUAAAUUAAAGUAAAUAACACUUAAUAUUUGGUAGCAUGUCCCUUGCUUGCAAUAUCUCCAUCAAGCCUGCAACCUAUUGACAUCGGAAAACUGUUGCAUUCUUCUUUUGUGAUGUUUUUCCAGUUUUUUUCUGUAGCCUCUUUCAGUUGUUUGUUUCAGGGGUUUUUCCCCUUCAAUCUCCUUUUCAGAAGGUGAAAUGCAUGCUCAAUUGGGUUAAGGUCUGCUGAUGAAGAGACCAACUUCUCUUAAUUAACAUGACGUGUCAUUUUUAGCCACAUUCUGUGAUAUA